AUUAGUCUAUCCAAAGCCCAAUAUGCUAGCUCAACGGGUCCGGCCCUUCGGCUCAACACACAAGCCAAAUGUCACACACUCAAACAAGAGAGUCGCGUAUAAGACAUAUUUAGCGCGCUGCCCUACACUUCGUACGUACUGCAGCAGCACACGGAAAGCGGGGCCGGCUGACCCGGCACCAUCCUACCGCGACAUUGACUCGCAGCCCCUCAACUCGGUCGUCAUGGCGCUGUUCCGCCGCAAGAUGGUUGCGGCCCUCGGCUCGGAUUCCCCGCUGCCCGGGUACGACGGCAUCAUUGACCUCACGCGCCGCCUCAACAGCAAGUUCCGUACGGCAGCUGAGACGCAGGAGGCCACGCGGGGCAUCCUGAGGGCGCUCUUCCCCUCCUGGCUGCCUGGGGCCUUCAAGGUCCUGUUCUCCCGCCCGCUGCCCGAGUUCUCCUGCCGCCUCAACGCACUGGCCACUGCGCUGACCUGCCAGUGGCUGAUGGGGCCCUGCAAGGUCAAUGAUGUGGAGAUAGACGGCGGUGCUGUGGGUGCGGGCCAGGGGGUGCUCGUGGAGCGGUGUCGCUACCUGGAGCAGGCGGGGUGCGCCGCGGUGUGCGUCAACAGCUGCAAGCUGCCCACGCAGACAUUCUUUGAGCAGGACAUGGGGCUGCGGCUGACCAUGACCCCCAACUACGAGGACUUCAGUUGCCAGUUCGCGUUUGGAAAGACGCCAUUGCCGGAGGAGAAAGAUGAGGCCUUUACCACGCCAUGCUUCCAGCAAUGCCCAUCAAAGAAAGGUCGCGCUGGGCGGUCGGUCUGUGGCGGCAUACAGUUACAGGCUCUACCACGAGAUUAGCAUUACCCGAUUAGGCUUUGUACUUGUGCAUGCAUGGUGCUGAAGCUCUUGCACGGAUUCUCUGGUGACCGUACUUCAGCCGCUGUGGAGUCGCUGAUUCGUGUUCGCCGCAGAGUCAGAGCGUUAGAUAGUAUAGUUUUAUUACAGCGAAUCUCUGUUUUGCAAAUUUAACCGAGUGAGCGGUCUUACGCGGCAAUUGACUCUUACUCGCCUGGACACCGUGUUGACCAAGGCAUACGCUCCACCGUGAUAGGCUUGUUGUAAUACGUCUCAAAGAAAAAAGUCAGCAAGUCGUUGGAAGGACGUACUGACGAACUGAACACAAAUCAUGUCUACAGCGCCUCUUCAGACCGUCUUCCUCAGCGGCAUCAACCAUAAUGAGCUGCGUCCUGGACAGCAGCUCACAAUAGAUCACCUACGAGCUCUUCAGCAGCACCUCGCGGAAAAUGCUGGAAGGGCGCGCGCUCUGCAGCAGUUACAACAACAAGCACAGCAACAAGGCGUAAGGCCUACUGCCGCGGCUGGUGUGGGCGUUAAAGCGGAACCAGCCGUUAAGGAGGAGGAUGGUCCAAAGCCAGCUCCGCCGCCCCAGCAGGCCCCUGCACAGCAGCAGGCCCCUCCCCAGCCGCAACCCCAGCAGCAGCCACCUCAGCUGCAACUCACCCCCCAGCAGCUGCAACAGCUGCAGCAGCUACCGCCGCAGCAGCAGGCGGCAGCGUUGCUAGCACUGCAGCUGCAGCAGCAGCAGGCACGGGCGGCGGCGGCGGCCGCUGCGGCGCAGGCCCAGGCGCAGGGCCAGGGGGCGAGGCCGCAGGGCGCGGCUUACGGUGUGGGGCCGGCUGCACUGGCGCUCAACGUCUUCCCACAGCAAAGCGGCCGGCCUGGCGUCCCGGCAGGGCUGCCGGCGCACGUGCAGUCAGCUGCCGCCGCUGCCCAACACCACCAGCAGCACCACCAGCGCUCCGCAGCUCAGCAGCAGAAGCAGCAGCAGAAGCAGCAACAGAAGGCGGCGGCAGCAGCUGCUGCGGCGGAGGCGGACGAGGGCGAGGGCGAUGAGGCUGCCACCGAUCAGUGGGUGCAGUGCAGCAAGUGCCAGCAGUGGCGGCAGGUGCCGGACGAGUUCUGGCCGGACAUUGAGAACGCGGACGAGGACGAGGACUGGCUGUGCAAGGACGCCCUGUGGGAUGUGGAGGAGUACGAGCCGCAUACACCCGCCUGCUGCUGAGGAGGGGGAGCGGGGGAACCGCGGCUGUGUUGGGGGCGGCCGCAUGAGGCUACCGGGCAUGAGGCUACCGGCUACCUGUGUGGGUUACCACCUGGUGCACAGAGCUGUAUACCGGUCGCCUAUGUUAGGGGAGGGUCUGUGGGUUGACCAGGGAUGUGCGCGGGUGCGUGUUGGGGGUGUUUUGUGUGUGUGUGUGUGUCUGGAUGUGUGAUCAUGUGUGAUCUGGACGCUGUGGAAGGUCUGUGAGAACUUUUGUGUUAAGAAAACUUGCCGCUGGAAAGAGAACUGGUCGAUGGAUGCUCCAUGGUGCCCAACGGUGCCCAAACGCGGUUGGUUGCCCCGCACUUCUGGACAGCGGGUUGCUGUGUUGGGCACAAGUGGCCGAGUGUCCCAGUUGCACACUGUGUGACUACCACAGCUGAGCUGGGCUGAGCCACCUCAUCAGGUGCUGCAGCUGCAGUGGCAUCGGUGCUAAUGGGGUGUAAUCAGGAGAUGCCG